GCAGGCGCUGGUGCCUUUAAGAACCUCAACGCCCUCCGCCCUGAUUGAUAAAUCCGCGCGCUGCCUCCACCACAGUAGAUUGCUGCCUCUGCAGAGCGCGGGCCGCGCCGCCGACCUCGCCUUCCCGGACUGCGUUCCCUUCCUCGACCCCAGCCGCAUCCGGGCCGCGCCAACUCCUCUCCAGCGAAGCUCUCUCCUCUGCUGCCUCAUGUCGGCCGCCCCAGCCUACAGCGACGACAAGGGAGGCUCUGCGGGCCCCGGGGAGCCCGAGUACGGCCACGACCCGGCGAGUGGCGGCAUCUUCUCCUCCGACUACAAGCGGCAUGAUGACCUGAAGGAGAUGCUGGACACCAACAAGGAUUCCCUCAAGCUGGAGGCCAUGAAGAGGAUUGUGGCGAUGAUCGCCCGGGGAAAGAAUGCCUCAGACCUGUUUCCUGCUGUGGUGAAGAACGUGGCCUGUAAGAACAUAGAGGUGAAGAAGCUUGUCUACGUGUACCUGGUGCGCUACGCUGAGGAGCAGCAAGACCUAGCCCUGCUCUCCAUCUCCACCUUCCAGCGUGGCCUAAAGGAUCCCAACCAGCUGAUUCGUGCCAGUGCCCUCCGCGUCCUCUCUAGCAUCCGUGUGCCCAUCAUAGUGCCCAUCAUGAUGCUGGCCAUCAAGGAAGCUGCCUCAGAUAUGUCACCCUACGUGAGGAAAACAGCUGCCCAUGCCAUCCCUAAGCUCUACAGUUUGGAUUCUGACCAGAAGGACCAGCUGAUAGAGGUUAUUGAGAAGCUUCUGGCUGACAAGACCACGCUGGUGGCAGGCAGUGUGGUGAUGGCCUUCGAGGAGGUGUGCCCGGAGCGCAUUGACCUGAUCCACAAGAACUACCGGAAGCUCUGUAACCUGCUUAUCGACGUGGAGGAGUGGGGCCAGGUGGUCAUCAUCAGCAUGCUCACCCGCUACGCCCGCACGCAGUUCCUGAGCCCCACUCAGAACGAGUCUCUGCUGGAGGAGAACCCUGAGAAGGCCUUCUACGGCUCCGAGGAGGAUGAAGCCAAGGGCCCGGGAUCGGAGGAGGCGACCGCCACUGCUCUGCCCGCCCGAAAGCCCUACGUCAUGGACCCCGACCACCGGCUGCUGCUGCGCAACACGAAGCCGCUGCUGCAGAGCCGCAGCGCCGCGGUGGUCAUGGCGGUGGCGCAGCUCUACUUCCACUUGGCGCCCAAGGCGGAGGUGGGCGUCAUCGCCAAGGCCCUCGUGCGCCUGCUGCGCAGCCACAGCCGAGGGGCCCAGGUACCUCUGACCCCUCCUCUCCACAGUGAGGUGCAGUACGUGGUGCUCCAGAACGUGGCCACCAUGUCCAUCAAGCGCCGGGGUAUGUUCGAGCCGUACUUGAAGAGCUUCUACAUCAGGUCCACCGACCCCACCCAGAUCAAGAUCCUAAAGCUCGAAGUGUUGACCAACCUGGCCAAUGAGACCAACAUCCCUACUGUCCUACGGGAAUUCCAGACCUACAUUCGCAGCAUGGACAAGGACUUUGUGGCAGCCACGAUCCAGGCCAUUGGACGCUGUGCAACUAACAUAGGCCGAGUCCGUGACACCUGCCUCAACGGCCUGGUGCAGCUGCUAUCCAACCGUGAUGAGCUCGUGGUUGCAGAGUCAGUGGUUGUCAUUAAGAAGCUGCUGCAGAUGCAGCCAGCACAGCACGGAGAGAUCAUCAAACACUUGGCAAAGCUCACAGACAACAUCCAGGUGCCCAUGGCCCGAGCCAGCAUCCUGUGGCUCAUUGGUGAAUACUGUGAGCAUGUCCCCAGGAUUGCACCUGACGUCCUGAGAAAAAUGGCCAAGUCCUUCACAGCAGAGGAGGAUAUUGUUAAGCUGCAGGUCAUCAACCUGGCAGCCAAGCUCUACCUGACCAACUCUAAGCAGACCAAGCUGCUGACCCAGUAUGUGCUGAGUCUGGCCAAAUAUGACCAGAACUACGAUAUCCGAGACCGAGCGCGCUUCACCCGGCAGCUCAUCGUCCCUUCGGAGCAGGGUGGGGCCCUCAGCCGCCAUGCCAAGAAGCUCUUCCUGGCACCCAAACCAGCCCCAGUCUUGGAGUCAUCCUUCAAAGACCGGGACCACUUCCAGCUGGGCUCACUGUCCCACCUGCUCAACGCUAAGGCCACGGGCUACCAAGAGCUCCCAGACUGGCCAGAGGAAGCCCCAGAUCCAUCUGUGCGCAACGUGGAGGUACCGGAAUGGACCAAGUGCUCAAAUCGGGAGAAGAGGAAGGAGAAGGAGAAACCCUUCUACUCAGACUCUGAGGGGGAGUCAGGCCCCACAGAGUCUGCAGACAGUGACCCCGGGUCUGAGAGUGAAUCGGACAGUAAGAGCAGCAGUGAGAGUGGCUCUGGGGAGUCCAGCAGUGAGUCUGACAAUGAAGACCAGGAAGAGGACGAGGAGAAAGGGAGGAGUAGUGAGAGUGAACAAAGUGAGGAGGAAGGUAAGAAGAAGAUGAAGAAGAGGAAGAAGGUGUCAGAGGGACAAGGAGAAGGCUCGUCCUCAGACGAGGGCAGCGAUUCCAGCAGCAGCUCAUCAGAGUCUGAGAUGACAUCAGAGACUGAGGAGGAGCAGGUGGAACCUGCCUCCCGGAGAAAAAAAACACCUCCCAGCAGCAAAAGUGCCCCUGCAGCCAAGGAGAUCUCCCUGCUUGAUCUAGAGGACUUCACCCCUCCAAGUGUCCAGCCUGUGUCUCCUCCCAUGGUUGUGUCCACCAGUCUGGCUACUGACCUGGAGGGCCUGACACUCACAGACUCUUCUCUGGUGCCCUCACUGCUGAGUCCAGUGUUGGGUGUUGGGAGGCAGGAGCUGCUGCACCGCGUAGCUGGCGAGGGGCUGGCUGUGGACUACACCUUCAGCCGCCAACCUUUCUCCGGGGACCCCCACAUGGUGUCUGUGCACAUCCACUUCUCCAACAGCUCUGAUACCCCCAUCAAGGGCCUGCAUGUGGGCACCCCCAAACUGCCUGCUGGCAUCAGCAUCCAGGAAUUUCCUGAAAUCGAGUCCCUGGCACCUGGAGAGUCUGCCACUGCUAUCAUGGGCAUUAAUUUCUGUGACUCGACCCAGGCGGCCAACUUCCAGCUGUGCACCCAAACCCGACAGUUCUAUGUCUCCAUUCAGCCACCUGUUGGGGAGCUGAUGGCCCCCGUGUUCAUGAGUGAGAACGAGUUCAAGAAGGAACAGGGAAAGCUGACGGGCAUGAAUGAGAUCACAGAGAAGCUCACGCUGCCAGACACCUGUCGGAGUGACCACGUUGUGGUACAGAAAGUUACUGCCACUGCUAACCUGGGUCGUGUCCCUUGUGGGACAUCUGAUGAGUAUAGGUUUGCAGGGAGGACACUGACCAGCGGGAGCCUGGUCCUGCUGACCCUGGACGCCCAGCCCACUGGAGCUGCCCAGCUGACAGUCAACAGUGAGAAGAUGGUGAUCGGCACUAUGCUGGUGAAGGACGUGGUACAGGCUCUGACACAAUGAUCCCAAGUGCUGUGACCUAUUUGGCCCUCACUUUUCCCUCCCUUGUGAUACCUAGGCUGUUAGCCUCUCUCUCUUCCUCUCUCAUAUCAGACUCCUCAUUCCAGAUACCAUCCAGGGGUCCUCUCUCUAUGUAGUCAUUGUCAGGCUCCCCCCAAUUCCCCCUCCCCAUGGGUUCCUAGGUAACCUGUGCAGAGGGAGACAGCAGCUGCUCCAUUUAGUCCUCUCAGCUUUUGGUAGCUAUCUAUGUAGCAAAAUCUCAAUAAAACAUCUUCUCCCUA